GACAGAGAACGCUGAGGUGGAACAAGCACAAAAGCUUAUCCUGUCAGCCACAAGUGAGUGGGCGGGGCUUUACGUCACACGCCGAGCAGUAACGCCUUGCAUCCACUGCGCAUGUCAGUCAUUCCGUCUGUGUUUUGAGUGUAUGUAUGUGUGUCUGCGUGUGUGUUCUUUCCCACACGAGUUUACUGCAGUUCCGAAUUCUCACAACCACCGCCAGAAUGGCAGCUGCAGCCCCGAACCCAGACGACUCUAGCCGGGGUAGUAGCGGUAGCAGCACGCCCAGCGUCAUUGUCGGGGACGGGGACACGGAAGAGGGCGAGGAUUUCACCUCCUCCUCCCACUGCACAGAGCUGUCUCGGCGGCAGAACGAACAGAGGAAGCAGGGAUUGUUCUGUGACGUGACGCUGGCCUUCAGCAGUGGGGUGGCAACCGGGAAUGUUCAGAGCUGUGAGUUUUCUGCUCACCGUUCUGUACUGGCCGCGGCUACGGACUAUUUCACCCCGUUGCUGGGAGGGCAGUUCUCCGAGUCGCUGUCGGGUCGGGUUGAGAUGAAGGAAUGGAGCGCUGAAUUGGGACCAGACCCGGAGACGGUGGAGAGCGUCAUUCAGUACAUGUACACGGGAGAAAUACGUGUGAGCACCUGCAAUGUGCAUGAAGUGUUGGAGCUUGCUGACAGGUUCCUGCUGCUGCAUCUGAAGGACUUCUGUGGGGAGUUCUUGAAGAAGAAGCUGAGCCUGGCCAACUGUGUGGCCGUGCACAGCCUAGCCCACAUGUACACCCUGGACCAGCUGGCUCUGCGGGCCGCAGACAUGAUCCGACGCAAUUUCCACAAGGUCAUCCAGGAUGAGGAGUUCUACACCCUGCCCUUCCACCUGGUGAGGGACUGGCUGUCUGACGCAGAGAUCACCGUGGACGCGGAAGAGGUGUUGUUUGAGGCUGUGGUGAAGUGGGUCCAGAGGAACACAGAACAGCGGGGGAGGUACUUUGAGGAGUUGUUCCGUAUCCUCCGGCUACCCCAGAUUAAGCCCACCUAUCUGACGCGCGUGGUGAAGAAUGAGGCACUGGUGGCGGCCAACGAGGCCUGUCUCCGUCUGGUGUCCGAUGCCGUGGAGGGCCACGCCAUCCGCUGUGAGAACCUCAAGUCAGCUGACCUGGAGUUCUGGUCGUCCUACAUGGCCUCCUUCCAGCCGCGCUUUGGCCAGAACAUGGACGUGAUCAUGGUGGUGGGCGGGGUGUCAGAGGGCGGGGACUACCUGAGUGAAUGUGUGGGCUACUUCAUCUACGAAGACCGCUGGGUCAACCUGCCCCACAUCCACAACCACCUGGAUGGCCACGCCAUCGCCACCACAGAGUCCCACGUCUACGUAGCGGGCUCCAUGGAACCAGGCUUCGCCAAGACCGUGGAGCGCUACAAUCCCAACCGCAACACCUGGGAACAGGUGAGCAACCUGACCACACGUAAACACUCCUUUGGUCUCACCUGUAUCAAAGACAUCCUGUAUAGCAUCGGUGGCCACGGCAACUUCAGCCCGGGCUUCAAGGACGUGAGCGUGUACGAGCCUGAGCCGGACAAGUGGCACAACCUGGAGUCAGCGCCCAAGAUCCUGCGGGACGUGAAGGCGGUGAGUGUGGAGGACCGUUAUGUAUACGUGAUGGCGCGCACGCCGGUGGACACGGACAACGAGGACGGGCUGAAGACGGUCACCACGCGUUACGACACAGAGAGCCGUCAGUGGCAGGACGUGGACUCCCUGCCGCUCAUAGACAACUACUGUGUGUUCCAGAUGGCCGUGGCCUCCACCAACUUCUACCACACAGCCUCCUGCUGCCCUAAGAGCUACACGGUGCGGGACGAAGACGCCAAGCAGAAGAUCAGCGCCCACAUCUCAGACGAGAUCCUGGAGAGCCUGCCGCCCGAGGUCACCAGCAUCGAGGGCGCCGCCAUCUGCCACUUCGACGAGGACGUGUUUGUGAUCGGCGGCUGGAAGAACAGCGACGACGUGGACAAGCAGUACCGGAAAGAGGCCUACCGCUACUGUGCCGAGAGGAAGCGCUGGAUGUUGCUGCCGCCCAUGCCCCAGCCACGCUGCCGCGCCACCGCCUGCCACGUACGCAUCCCCUACCGCUUCCUGUACGGCUGCCAGCGCUACCCUAUGCCCCAGAACCUGGCCCGCCAGCGGGACCGCAUGCAGCAGAUGCAGCAGCUCCACCGGCGCACCCUCACCCUGCGCAGGCAGCUGCAGUCUCAGAUCGAGUGCUGAACUAACUCAACCCCUGUCUGUCCAUCACAACUACCCCAGAGGGGGAGCAGCCUGGCCUGGCCCGGCCCAACUCCAAACCCCAAACAUCCCCUGGCAGCCAUCGUCAUCAGCCCCCACCCAUAACCUGCUGUAGCAGUGGCUCCUAUGUUGCUCUCAUGUUGGUUCUUUUUUUAAGUGAACUCUGUGCCAGAUCAUCAGGUUGAGACUAUGGUGUUAGUAGUGACUACGGUGUUCAAGGCUGGGAGAUGUGGGAGUGAUGUGACCCUGUGCUGGCCAGGUGUUUGUCUAUGUGGAGAGGACAGGCCGAAUGUUACAAAUGUGAAUAGAGUGUUGUACAGUGACCAACAUCCGACUACACCACGUAUGUACGUCAGACACAAGGGAUGUUUUAACUUUUUGUACGUACAUAUAGUAUAUAGUUGUAUAUGUAUACUUAUUAUAUAUAAAUAUUUUAUGUCCCCCUUCUUUUAUGCUUUUAUGGAAAAUGUAUGCACUCACUAACUGUAAGUCGCUCUGGAUAAGAGAGUCUGCUAAAUGACUAAAAUGUAAAAUGCUUAUAUGAAGUAGGCAAUGUGACACUACAUUCCUCCAAUCCAAUGUGCUUAGUGAAGUCAGUCGCUCUCUAUGACAUUCCAUCAGGACACUGUGACAGUCUCUCCAUGCAAAUAUCACACACACACACACUCUGCCCAGCCGUAGGGUCGGCACAAUACCAGAAUCGCGAUACUCGUUAGUAUCGUGGCAAGUAAACGUAACACUAAGCAGAUUUAACUUCUUUAGGAAAACAGUCCUAAUG